UGCUAUUGUAGGUAGUACAGCUAAUAAUGGCAUGGCAUGGUUAACUCCGAACCUACAGUUUUAUAUUAAUUUCAAUGAUUUUGCAAAUUUUAAGUAGAUUUUGAUAAAUACAGAAGAUAAGAUGUUCCGCAAACGAUUCACAAAGGGAUCAAAAAGAAGCGAUUUUCGCUUUCUUGUUAGGAAUUGAAAUGUUUUUGCAGGGUCGUGUAAUAAUAGUUUGGUUGUUCUGGCUUAUCGCCGGCAUAUGCGGCGUUGUUAUUUUGUUAGUUAUUAUAUGUUACUGCCGCCUAAUGCCUCGCCAUCAGAAGUCAUUUGUAAUUCUUGCAGAUGAGCAGUACCUCAAAGAAACAUAUGCAAUAAAAGAAAAUCAUGCUUACACUAGCCAAGAAAAUUAUAGGAUGAAACAUGCUGAGGUGCAGGUGCAGCGUCACAGUCACAGCCGGCCGGCGAGCUACGCGGGCGACGCGGAGCGCUCGCAGCGCGCGCCGCACCACCCGCCGCAGUACGCCUCCAGUAGCAUGUUGGAUGACCUGGACGAAGCAGCUAGUAUGGACGCGCUGAAGACGCGGUCGCUGCCCGCGUUCCUGCGCCCGAAGCCGCGCCCUCUCUCCACCGAAGACGAUCUGCAACAACUCUAUGCCAAGGUAAACCUCAGCAAGAAGUAUAAAAACCGUAUGCGCAGCGAACACGCCGCCAUCAUCGCUCUCAGCAAGUCGCACAGUCAGUUCUUCGACGCCGACGCUGUGAUCGUCUACGAUCAGAGGACGGCGCUCUAGUAGAUCAGUUCGUGUACGAACUUGGCCACGUAAGAUGGUAGGUAGGUAUCUAUAAAAACGUGUGUUUGUGGUUUUGGUUUCACCACGCAAUCAAUGUGGGUCAUCUCCUCAUUAUUGUCCAAAUCCCUGUACUGUACUAGGGCACUUUUAUGUGUGCGAUUGAAGUGGCUGUGUUCUGGCGAGAAAGGAACAGUGUCGCGUUUUGAAUUUGCCAUCGACACACACAGAAGUAGGUAUAUUAACAAAACUCUUGUUCGGAAAACCACAUACUUCGAAAGGCGCGAAAACCCAGUCCAGUUUAUAGCAUAUUACGAUUCUUUCUAUGCCAGUCAUAGAGUAGCAAUAAAAAUGGUUUGAGGUUUGAGUUUGUAUAUCAAUCUGACUAUCGUAUAGUAGUUUCCAUCAACCACCCUUUGCUUCCGGUGAUGGAAAUCACCGUGAGGAAACCUGCACACUGGUUGAUUAACUUGUGUAUGAAAUGGAGAAGGCAAUGGCAAACCACUCCAUUAAUAAUAGUGCCAAGAAAAUUGUGAAAUACUUUUUUCCCACCGGCCGUUUUGGCUACCUACUAAGUAGAAUAAUAACCUGAUAAAACACGUCUUGUUCUUUCUUAUCGAAUGUUAUUUCUAACACUGGUGUCUUUUAUUCAAAUCGCCUAAAGGCAACUGACAUAGCUUUUACGACUACUUCUGCAAUAUACAUAGAUACCUACAGUCUACCAAAGUGCGACUUUACUAUUCACCUACCUACAUAUCACAUAACUUUGCCUUUUUUGAGACUUGUAGCGUACAUGGAGGAAGUCCUGUUUUAGCGAGUGGUCUAUUUUUCUCCAAGUCUACCCGCACUUUUCUACUUUAAUCAAUGUAUUUUGUUCUAGACUGUAAGUCAAGCGCACAUAAAAAUAUAGCUUAACUACUAGGUGUAUGUAACUUCCUGUCCUUUAAAUUAAUAACAAACCUUAGUAGUUAUUAGUUUAAAUACUUCCUUACGGAUUUCUCCUUAUUCUGUCCUAUGAGUAUAGUCAAAUUGUGAUCUGGAUCAUGUGAUAAAGUUAACGAAAUUGUGGCCUAAUUCUUACUUUUAUAUGGAGUUUGAUCGUACAGUCGCGCACACAGGCACGUUUUAUAAUAUCACUAUUUAUUAGAUAUUUUUUAAAGUUAAAUUUUCACAAUAUAAAGUAAAAACGUUAGUAAAUUAUUAUUUUUUUAUAUUUUAGAUUUCAUCAAUCAAAAAAUUUAGAAAAAAUAACAAAAAACAGUUUUCAAAGCACGCCUUAGUUCGCGACUGUACUGGCGUGAAGUGAGUAAAAUGAGUAAAUACUGGAAUCGGUACCAUACUCCUGUGGCGAAAAUGUAGAUUAGUGAAUGAAUCUUAAUGUAUAUAUACUUUUAAAUACGUUAGCAAACACAUAUUUGUUACCUAUUGAACUGAUUAUUGGAUUUGUAAACAGUGAUUGUUAUUAAUUAAUACUUUUAACAGUGUUCAUAUAGUACUUGCGAAUCGAAUAGGUUUUUAAUCUAGUUAUUAUACUGUAGCAUUUAAGCAGUUAAUGGAAAUAAAACUUUUGUAAUCGGC